GAUUUUGAAAUUUCCCCCGAUCGUCAUUUGAUCUUUAAUAAGUAACCCGUACCAGCUAUCAAAAUGACGCACGUCCAGUCGUGAAAAAUUGUUUACAUUCACUUCGAAGUUUGGAUAUUUGUAUCAGAGGGAAGGUUUACAUUAAAUCACUACAAACAUGCUUGAACCAAACAAGAACCCUCCUCAGACUAAUGGCCUCAAAUUGUCUGAAACGAAGACCAAGAAAAGAGAAAAAUACAUCCCUAAUUCUGAGCCACUUGCACUUCCCUUCUGUCGAAUCUGUGGGAAAAGGGCGUCUGGAAUACACUUUGGGGUGUACAGUUGUGAGGCUUGUAAGGCUUUCUUCAGGAGAUACUUACAAAGAAAGACACCUUUCAAAUGCAACAAGGGAGACAAAUGCGAGAUUGAUGAACAAAAGAAGGGUUUAAAUUGUUCUGCAUGUCGCCUGAAAAAGUGCCUUGAAAAAGGGAUGUCAAAAGAGGGUGUUAGAAUAGGUCGCUAUUCUACAGCGGAGAGGACUAAUGUCAUCAUGGAGGUCAAACGCCUUCACGCCUCCAUAGAAUCAAAAUCUUCAAAUGAUCAAUGUCCUAAAACAACAAAUCAUGAGGUCAAAGACUCGAUAAUACUUCAGGCUGCCCUGGACACACCAGAGACAUCAGGAGAUUCUAUGGAGUUUAAAGAUUCUAUUCUCUGUGUUAUUAACACUCACACUAUGGCGAGAUCAUCUUCAGAUGACAGCAACAGAUCAUUAAGUGACUAUACAGAGAAUUCUUCUACCACUUCGGACCACCCCAUCUUGAUUGAUACCAGUCUUUCUCCGAAUUCCACAGGAUCGGUUGAUAGCGUCGGGUCGUUAGUUCUGGGAUCUACCGGAAGUGAGAUAGAGAUAUUCUCCCCCAGUGCAUUAGAUAUCCUUUGCAGGCAGCAACCCUUGCCCAGAUAUGACAUAGUACCUGAGUGUACUGAUACAGACCAAAUCAUAAAACAACUUAUGACUGGGUACCAAUGUAUACAGCCGUUUUCAAAAUCCUUAACUGACGAGGAGCUGAAUGAGAUUUUUACACACGGACUUGAACAGUAUGAAGAAAAAGUUCGUCUGUUUGGCAAGAUGGAAUAUCUUUCUAUACAAGAAUACAAGGAGAUAUACGAUAAAACCAAAAUAGAUGUAGAUGGCAGAAAAGAGCUGUACGAUCUGGGACGAGAGGAACUGAACAAAAUGUUUGAUGAGUUGGUCCAAUUCACCCAUAGCAUUGUCAACUUCAGUUCACUACCUUCAAAGGACCAAACAGCUCUGUUAAAAGCUGCCGACUUUGAUUUCAACAUGUUGGUGGACUAUCGUUGCGUAGAUGCAGACCGAGGAAUGGUGCUUAGUUACACUGGCAAACCAAUGGCAUUAAGCGAGGCCUGUCCCCAUGUAGAAAAAGAAACCCUCAAAGAGUGGGCCGAAUUCAGUAGAUCCCUCCAGAAGCUAAAGCUGACUCCUCGCGAGCAUGCGCUAAUGCUUGCUAUCUCUCUGACAUUUUCAGACAGAAGUCCAUGGCCACUUGAAGCUCAUGACGAAGUGGAAAAAAUUCAGAAUAAGUUGAUCAAAGCCUUGGAGAAGCUGGUUGCUGAGACAAACCAAAGGAGUGGGGGUGGUCGGUUUGCUAAAUUAAUGGACGUGUUCCUUCGCAUGCGUGGUAUGUACAAGGCGUACGAAGAUGCAGUCAAAGUAAUGUCCAAAGAUGAUUUUUUGAUUGAGUGCAUCCCGGAGAUUUUAUUUUAUUUAUAAGCUUACGGCUUUUCUUUGGCAGAUUAGAUUUUUUUUUUUGUAAUUGUGAUCAGAAACAAGGUGAUGCCAUUGUAUAGUAUUUGGGAGAGGGUGGGGGGCGGGGGGGGGGUUAUAAGUGAAUUUUUUUACUAUUGAAAAAUUUAGAAAUGUCACCGUGUGCUUUGACGUCAUAUCACGUACCAGUGCUUUUUUUUUGGUUAACUUCUUUAACAUAUUUCAUGUAAUAAACAUUGUAAAUACCAUCUUAAUUGUGGUGUUUGAGUGUGAACUGUUUUUGAAAAAUAGACUUUUAAAAAGGUUAGCCGACAUAUAUAUAUGUUUUUUAUUUACUUUUGUGAAUUUUUUUAAUAUCCACUUUCAUACACCCAGUCAAUAGCUUAAGUUGUACAUGCAAUACUGACAGAGACGAUACUGGUUUUUUGUGAGUAGAGGUUCAGGAAUGGGUUUAUACCUGUUCAUAUAUAUUUUCUGUAAAUAUGACUAAAAAUAUUUUGCAUAAAAACGUUGGUAGAAACUAUAUCUAAAAAAACCUGUAAUGUUUAUGACAUACAUAUCCAUAGACCUUGUAAUGGAUAAAGGACGAUUAAUUGAAUUGAAUUUAGUUUACAUUGCAAAAGUAGAUGCACAUGUAAAUACUGUCAUUCCAAACCUUAUAUAUUUUUUUCGGCAUUGGCUGACGACUCUUGCUUAUAUUGUACUAUGUAAAAAUAAAUCAUAAUGCCUGUAUUUGUCAUAGAAAAACAGUGUGUUUAUUUUUUUAUUAUUAAUAUUUUUGAGAAUGUUUACAGAGUUUUAGCUUUAAUUUAUAUGUUGUGAAUUUUGGAAAGUAAAAAAAUGUCGUGACUAAA